UUGUCCUCUCCAUCUCCUUUUCAGUGGCUGGAGCUUCUGUCCAGUGUCCUGCUCUGCACCGGGCCUCCAUGAGUUUGCCAGAGGAUACGCAAUUCCUUCCUGGAAGAGCGAUGAGCAGAAUAGCAAUCGUCACUUUGUUUGCGGUUUGUGGCAAAAGGAGACACUGAUUACGUCUGACUCAGAACAAGACAAAACAGGAAGCUCAUGGACCGCUGCAGCAAAGUGGAGAUUGUGGAGUACAAUACUGCCAUGUCAAAAGCUAAGGCACAGUAACAAGCUAAGUGUUAUGAUUUCACCAGGCAUUCUUCAAGUUCAAGUCUUUGCUUUGAUGGGAAAUGCUUCAGACACAACUGCUGUGUUUACCUCCACUAUGUCCAAGGAGUAUGACGUUGUCAUGGGCUCACUCUACAUCUUAUUUUGCAUGCUGUCGCUCCUGGGCAAUUGCAUUCUGCUACUUGUUGCAUAUCACAAGCGCUCAACGCUGAAGCCAGCCGAGUUCUUCAUUAUCAAUCUCUCAAUCAGUGACCUUGGGAUGACGCUCUUUUUAUUCCCCAUGGCAAUAGCAUCAUCCUUUUCACACAGGUGGCUGUUUGGAGAGAUCGCCUGUCAGCUCUAUGCAAUGUGUGGAGUAUUGUUUGGUCUCUGCAGCCUGACAAACCUCACUGCCCUCUCCUUUGUGUGCUGCCUGAAAGUCUCUUUUCCAAAUCACGGCAACAAGUUCUCUUCGGCACAUGCUCGCCUCCUAGUGGCUGGAGUGUGGUGUUACGCGUCAGUGUUUGCCGUGGGGCCUCUGGCACAGUGGGGACGAUACAGCUCGGAACCUUACGGCAUUGCCUGUUGCAUUGACUGGCACGCGCCUAACCAAGAGCUUUCAGCUUUGUCGUACACUGUCUGCCUUUUUGUCUUUUGUUACGCGCUGCCCUGCACCAUCAUCUUCCUCUCCUACGCGUCCAUCCUGCUUACAGUGCGAGGGUCUCGUAAGGCUGUCCAGCAGCAUGUGUCGCCACAAACCAAGACUACCAGUGCGCAGUUUCUUAUUGUCAAGCUGUCAGUAGCAGUGUGUAUAGGCUUCCUCGGUGCUUGGACUCCCUAUGCCGGUGUGGCCAUGUGGUCAGCAUUCAAUGAUGCCACACAGGUGCCUCCUUCAGCAUUCGCCGUGGCCGCAGUGUUUGCAAAAUCCUCCACCAUCUAUAAUCCAGUGGUCUACCUGCUGUGUAAACCUAACUUCCGCGAGUGUCUCUACAGAGACACGUCUAUGUUACGGGAGAGGGUCUAUAGGGCAAGUCCACUGUCAGAUUUGAAAGAACGAUUGGGUUCCACCCCGCAGCGCAACAAAGACACAAGCACCACCACGCGCUUCUCAAAUGGGCAAGUGGACAACUGUGAGGCGUUUCUUCACUACACUGACAAUCCAGCCAAGUUUCAGGUGACCACACCCCAAAGGACCGCUUGCAUACCGACUGGAUCUGUUCACAUAGAGGUGACACUCAGCCAGCUUGCGGCCAAACCACUGGCUAACUUCCUCUAGUGGGGCUGCCUCCUCCACUCAUGAGGCAAACAAGACAAGACAAGCAAGCACUCAGAAACACAAUAACUUCACCAGGAAUGGACAACAAAGCAGAGAGGGUUUAUUGUGUACACGUUGGAAGACUUUACUAAAUUGCAAGAUUGGGAGCUUCCAUUGUAUUCCCAUUCUCUACAUCAUGGGAGUAAAACUUAACUUUCACUGCCAUUGAUGGCUGUUGAAUUCAAAUAUCCACAUUAACAUGGAGGAAUGACAGUGAAUGAGUUAAGGCCCGUUGGUGGGCCAGACAUAAUUUUUUUGUCUACUUCUUGUUUCUUGUUGAAUGGAUGUGUUCUUUUCUUUUUGGCAGAAAUUCUAUAAGAAAAUCUUUUGUCACUUUUUCACAGAUAGUACAAGCAAAAAUACAAAAUACCUUCCCAGUAUAAAUUGAAGAAUAUGCAAUGUGUCCUUGAGAUGGGAGUGCCUUGGCAUUUUCGGGAUACAAGUUGUCACUUGGACAUUUUUUUGUCUUGAGACACAAGCGUAAUUGGAGAUACGAGUGCACUUCAGACCCCCCAAUGCGACAUGGCGCCAGCAAAUUUGACAACAUCCAGCCAUCAUUAAUUCACCUUGGUUUCCUUGCAGUUGACGGGCAAUAUGAAUUGAUGGCACAAAUAUGAUGAUUUGUCAAGGCAGGAGUAUACCUUCGAUACAGUUGUGUUUUGUGCUCGCAUUUUCCGUGCCAGCGGUUACAUGGAGAGCAAAUGUUAUAAAGGGGUGUGUAGGUUUUUAUCAGUCAUUGGGGCCCUUCAAGGGAACCUAUAACUAAAUGUCGCUUGCGAUGAAAAUGAGUUUAAAACCCUGUCUUAACAUUAAUACUACCCUGUCAUAGAGAAAUGCCAGCGAUAAAGAUCUGCUAGUUUUUAUCUUUUCAAACCAGAAUAAUAGGAACAAUUUUGUCUGUUGAUAAGGCACCUUGACCUCUGUUGUCUCAAUUUACAGCAAUUCUUUUUCUGAAUUACUGAAUUAUAAGUAGCUUUCUAACGAGAGCGAGAGAAGGAACCCCUCUAGCUUCUAAGAUAAUCUGAAUGUCAUUUUAAAUGAGCGAAUCAUUCUUUUGCAUAAAACAGAGCACAGUGUGAGGACACCUGCCUGUGUAAAUGUCAAACAUGUUAAAGUGUGGGUUUUGUCUCUUUGAAAUUAUGUGCAAAUGUUCUGUAUGUCGACAUCCUUGUGACAAAGAGGUUAACAGUUUCUGUACAUGUUCUGUCUUGAGCGCCACACUCAAUUCAUUCAUUCAUCUUCCGUUUCGCUUAUCCUCACUAGGGUAGCGGGCGUGCUGGAGCGUAUCCCAGCUAUCUUCGGGCGAGAGGCGGGGUACACCCUGAACUGGUCACCAGCCAAUCGCAGGGCCCAUAUAAAAAAUAACCAUUCGCACUCACAUUCACAACUAUGGGCAAUUUAGAGUAUCCAAUUAACCUACGCUGCAUGUUUUGGGGAUGUGGGAGGAAAACGGAGUACCCGGAGAAAACCCACGCAGGCACGGGGAGAGCAUGCAAACUCCACACAGGGGGGCCGGGAUUUGAAACCAGUCGUACACCGUGCCGCCCACACACAAUUGUGUGACAUGAAAUCCCCAGCAGCUGCUGAUCUCGUUAAGGACGGAAUCCACCAACUUCUGACAGCCACUUUUCGCCACAGGGACUGACUAUUUCAUGUGGAAAAGACAGAUUUCAGUGGUGAACUUUAAUGAACAGGCGCCUAUGUGAACUAUAUUGUCGUAUUUUAUCAGGACAGCAUUGUCACUCUAACACUGUAAAAAUUAUUUGAAUAAUUUUUAAAGCCAUUCGUGUGUAUUUUUUUUUUUUUUUUUUAAUUAUAACUCUCAAGUUGUUUUUUGGGGGGGAUGAUUCUCUUCUUGGAUGGCUGUCUAGCCCACUUUGUUCUGACAUUAAAUUGAGGAGAGUAGCUAUCCUCAAGGAGUUCACUAUGCAAAGACACAGCUUAGUAACCAGGAUCAGACACACACACAAGAGGGUUUCAUCAAUAUUUUGUCAAGAAAAGAAUAAUCAGAGGCCCAUGCAGACCAGCACAACUGUGACUGAGUCUUUUAACCAGCAUACAUUGGAAGUGUUUCUAUCCUCUGUACAGUUCUUGUACUGUGCUCUUUUUCUUAAUCUCAGUGCAAUUGUAAAGCAUUUAUCAAACAUGCAUGAUACUGCACAUAUGACAAAAUACUCAU